CUAAAAAAUAUACGAGUAUUUGAAUACCCGUAACCGUAAAAAAAAAGACGGGAUAUACUCAAAUACACAUUUCCCGUUGCCCCUCCCCUACCGCAAAUCACUAAAUCCGGGGGCCACGUCAAAACCACCAGCAAAACCCCUCAAUCUCGACUUCAUACAAAUUCACAAGCAAAGCUCUGACCAAAACGACCUGAGUACCUGACCCAACCCAACCAUCGGCGCGCGUCAUGGGUCUCACUCAGUACCCCAUGCGCGUGGUGGUCCACAACCCCGCCGCCCACUCCUUCCCUCCGCAUACAUCCAUUUCAAAAAACUCGACAAAAACAAACCACUCGGCACUCGGGUCCCGCCCCGAAUCCCCCGGCCAUUCUCCCCACGCGCGGUUGAUCCCACGCGUCAAGUGGCGGACAAUCCCGGGUGUUUUCCGUUUUGCCCUUAUAUUUUUCAAAACAAGAAAAGUUUUCAAAUUUCAUCAUUUUGCUUCCCUUCUUCUUCCUCUUCCGCGGCUCUCCUGGUUUUAAAGCGAGAAAGACAGAGCUCUCAAUCUGAGGAAGUACAUCAUCCAUCGUCGAUAUCUAUCUAUCUAUCGGAAGCGACUGUUUUCUGCUUCUUCUGAGUCGAUUUCACGGUGAACGGGGCGGCGGAGCUUGGGUGGUGCUGAGCUCGAGUUCUUUCUUUCUUUUAUUAACUCUUCCCUGGAAGGAAGGAAGAUGAGUGUGGUGGGGAGACAGAUGUCGCGAUCUCACUCCACGGCGCACCACCACCGCCAGUACUCCGAUAACUUCAUCGACGCCAGCAAAUGGCUGCAGUCAUCUUCUCAGGACUUCGGGUACGGGUCAAAGAUGAAUCGGAGCCUGCAGUCAAACCCGUCGACUCCGCCGGUAUGCUCGCGAUCGUCGAGCCUCCGGAACGUUGGGGACGGCCAUGCGUCACCGGGCCUACUCGAUCUCCACUCCUUCGACACCGAGCUUCUCACCGAGGUGCAGGAUGGGAGCGGUUAUGAAGGGUACUCGUUCGAUCAACGACGAAGCUCUCGUGGUAGAAGUUUUGAUGAAUCCGAGCCAAAUCUCUUGGCCGGCAAAGUUGGAAGCAGAUCCACUAAAGGGCUGCCUGAGAGUAGCCUUCUCAAGAGCUUCUCUGGUUCCGUGGAUAAGGAGAGAGCCAACAAUGUAGCCAAGAUCAAAGUUGUGGUGCGCAAAAGGCCACUGAACAGGAAAGAGAAGGGGAAGAAAGAGGGAGAUAUAAUUACCACCGAACCAAAUUCGAAUGCUCUUACUGUUCAUGAGACGAAGAUGAAGGUGGACUUGACAGAAUAUAUGGAGAAACAUGAAUUUGUGUUCGACGCCGUGCUGGAUGAAGGUGUUUCAAAUGAUGAAGUUUAUGCAGAGACUGUUCAACCAGUAGUGCCUUUGAUUUUCCAACGAACAAAAGCAACUUGCUUUGCAUAUGGGCAAACUGGCAACGGGAAGACCUACACCAUGCAACCACUUCCAAUCAAGGCCUCACAAGAUAUAUUGAGGCUAAUGAUUCACACAUACAAGAAUCAAGGUUUCCAAUUGUUUGUCAGCUUCUUCGAAAUAUACGGUGGGAAGCUUUUCGAUCUCCUCAACGAUCGGAAAAAGCUUUGCAUGAGGGAGGAUGGGAAACAGCAGGUAUGUAUCGUGGGGUUGCAAGAAUACAAAGUAUUUGAUGUGGAGACAAUCAGGGAGCUCAUUGAAAGAGGAAAUGCCACAAGAAGCACCGGUACAACUGGUGCAAACGAGGAGUCCUCUAGAUCACAUGCUAUACUUCAGCUUGUUAUUAAGAGAUCGGCUGAUGGAUCUGAAUCAAAGCCCGCCCGGAUGGUAGGAAAGCUGUCUUUCAUAGAUCUUGCUGGCAGUGAGCGUGGUGCAGAUACUACUGAUAACGAUAAACAGACAAGGAUGGAAGGAGCUGAAAUUAACAAGAGCUUGCUUGCUCUAAAAGAAUGCAUAAGAGCUCUCGACAGCGACCAGGGUCACAUCCCAUUUAGAGGGAGUAAACUAACCGAAGUACUUCGAGAUUCAUUUGUUGGCAAUUCUCGUACUGUGAUGAUAUCUUGCAUCUCGCCUGGCUCGGGCUCUUGUGAGCAUACUCUCAACACUCUAAGAUAUGCUGACAGGGUGAAGAGUCUAUCAAAAGGGACAGGCUCCAAGAGGGAUCUUCUGUCCUCGUCAACCCUAAACCUCAGAGAUUCAACUGCUUUACUGCAGACAACUUCUGAUGAUAGCAUAACCGAUUUCCCCAACGACAAGAACAGGUUUGUUUGGUCAAUGUCAGUCGACAGGGAUUCAUCUCCACCUCAUUAUAACUUGGACGGGGUGCCUAGUGGAAGAUCACAGAGCUACCAAGUUUCUGCACCUGAUGAUAGAUGGAGAAAUGAUGCUCCAACGAAAAGGCCUGAGAUCCCAACGCCUCAACCCAACAAUUUUUAUCCAGACGAGGAUUUGAAUGAUUUGUUGAUGGAAGAGGAAGAUCUUAUAUCUGCACACCGGCAGCAAGUUGAGGAGACAAUCGACGUAGUCAGGGAGGAAAUGGACUUGCUAGCUGCAGCUGACGAGCCAGGCAACCAGAUCCAUGAUUACGUUGCCAAGUUGAAUACAGUUCUCUCGCAGAAGGCUGCAGGGAUCCUGCAGCUGCAGACGCGGUUGGCGCAGUUUCAGCGCCAUUUGAGUGAGCAUAAUGUUAUAGUAUCUUCUUCAUCUGGUAACUGACUCGAAGAUAUGAUGAUGGGUUUCGGAGUGGAGUGACACGUUUGUAAUUAUUUAUUCCUUUGUUUCUACAUUUUUAUCUCUGUUUUUGUUUGUUUGGUGAUGUAUCUUGGUGGUGUUUGUGUAAAAAAAACAGCCAUUGAUUGAUGAUGACAUAUAUUGAUUUAUACAUCUGAGUUGCUAAUUGUGCUUCAGUAUCUCUUCCUCGUUGAUCGCCUAGUAUUUCUAAGAAGCAGCAAACAGGAGAUCGACCAUCAACAGAGGCACAUUAUUAUGACAAUUAGCUAGCCAAUUUGAGCACUUCUAUUAUGUUAUAUAGCAUUGGUGCUUUAAUGUACAACUCAAAAUUGUACAAUAGCAUUAAAUGUAUAAGUUUAGG